GACUCAAUGCCAUUUGCUGGUCAGCGCGGGCGGCUGCGGGCAACCUCGGCCAACUUAUCAAAAGUCAAAUUCCAACCUUGCAAGAGAACAUCACUUUGAUGUUUGCAAAGAUAACACCAAUCUGGCAAGCUCGGCAUCCGGCGUCAAUCAUCUGUGACAAAAAUGUCUCGCCCCACGACAGACAAGCAACCUUACAAGCUCGAAUGUGAUUCUUUAGGGUGUAUCGAGGGCACGACAUUAUUCAGAUCCUCGGACAAGGCCGAAUUGCUUACCUACUUUGGUGGUCUGCCAUAUGCAUUACCUCCAGUAGGACAAUACAGAUUCCGGCAGGCUCGACCACUACCGGAGGAAUAUCGGUAUGGCACUAAAGUCAACCCAGGACGCUUCCAGAAUAGUGCCGCAGUCUGCCCUCAGCCAGGCUGGCGAUCGGAUGAAGAAACAGCGCAAUGGGAUGAAAACUGCUUGCAAUUGAAUAUUUAUAUUCCUGCUGGCAAACGCCCAGAAGCGGGUUGGCCGGUUUACUUUUACAUACAUGGCGGGUUCCUGCAAUGGGGUUCACCAAACUUUGGUCCGGAAUCUCUCGUCCCUCUGCUAGCCGAGACUGCUUUUGAGGCAAUUAUUGUUGCCCCUGCAUAUCGCGUCAAUGUAUUUGGCUUCAUCGCAAGCACAGAGCUCCGUGAUGAAGCUCGAGCGUUUGGCGAGCCGACUGGCAAUCAAGGGUUCUGGGACCAAAGGCUGGCACUGGAGUGGACCUCGCGGAAUAUUGAGGCUUUUGGAGGCAAUGCGCAGAACAUCACAAUCGGUGGCUACUCGGCCGGAUCUCACAGUGUCUUUCAGCAGCUCGCUCACGAACUCUACUUCGUCCCAGAUGACAAAGCGAUCAUUAAUCGGGCCAUCAUGUGGUCGAACAGUCCUGGCGUGCAGGCCAAAGGGAUAGAUGAGCAACAGAAGCAAUUCGACGAGUUGCUGGAGAAGCUCAAUAUUUCCAAGUCUCUGCCGCCUCAGGAGAAGCUGCGUCAGCUGAGAGCAAAACCAGCCAUCGACAUUGUGAAUGCAAACAAUGAGAUGCAAUACUCAGAGUUCCGAGCAACUUCGGACGAUCAUUUCGUGUCGAAAAACUUGGUGGCAAACAUCAACUCGGGCGACUUCGGCAGACGUAUGAAGGCAAGAGGCAUCAAGUUGAUGAAUGGUGAGUGCAGAGAUGAGCACUCCUUAUACCAAACGUGGAGAACGCCUUCUCCAUCGUUCGACUCAGUGUAUAGGCGCUUAUGCGCCGAUUAUCCUGAGCAGGCUGUAAAGAAAUUGAUGCAUGCCACGUGCGGCGAGCAACAUGCUUUGCCACAGGGAUGCAAAGAUUGGUCGGAGGCUUUUGGAAAGCUUUACGCCAAUAUGCAAGUGCAUUGUCUCGAACGAGGGUUUCACAACGCGCUUGUCAAUGCUGGAAUGAUUCCAGGAAAGGAUCUACUGCGAUACAGAUUCGACUGGAGAGCGAAGUGCGUGGACGCUUUUCUCCCUCUCGAAUGGGGCGUCACCCACGCGACAGAUAUGAGCAUCUGGUUCUGGGGAUUGGAGUAUGGAGAUGGUAUCACAGAUGAGGAGAAGCAGUUGCUGAAGCCGUGGAAUGAGGCUUUCGCGGCGUUUGUUAAAGGCGAUGAAGUGCCGUGGGGCACGAGCAAUGUCAAAGAGAUGCUGAGAUUACGCGACGAUGGCAAGACCGAUAUUUGGACCGACGAUAGAUGGGAAGAGGGCCUUCAGAUAUGGGAUGCUGUCAACGGCGAUGCUGCCAGUGGCUUGCUGGGAUGGAUAAAGUCUAAGCUGUAAGCUAUAGCGCCGAUGUCUCAUCCAACUAAAGACUUGAGCUCGUUAAUGUAUCGGCACAAUCCAUGACCAGAUCUGUGUGGUCCUGGCUAGAUCUGCAAGGGCAUUGAACUCAGGUAGCACGACCGCGCGGGCAUGAAGAAAGGCUGGGGCCUACUUAGCACCAUAGCACCCUAGAUCCUGCGCUACUGGAGGACGUGAGCAGCACGCCGCACCACAUAUUUGCUCCACAUGUCGGGGCAUGGAACAUGCGAAUUGGCCCUUCUAAGAGCUAACGGGUAGCAGCAGCAGCAUCCGUGGCAUAUGCGUGCUUCCGACGGCUAGCCACAUGAGUACAACGACAAA